GCUAUAACUACAGUACGGUGACGCAAUCGACUCGACGCAGCUUCACAUGAUCUCAAUCAAAUUUGCAUCAGCUCUCUGUGUGUGUGGCAAUUGGAUCAUGGAUUGAGCUAAGACUGUUUCAUCGAUAAAGUUUGGAUUUUUGUGUGAGUCUCUCCUUGGGUUUGCAUAUGCUUUCGAGUGUCCCCAACGUCUCUGUCUCUGUUUCUCCUCCAUCCAUUUUCUAUCCAGAUCUUCUUUCUUUUGAGUCUCAAAGUCUCGCUUUUUACGAGUCUGUCUCUCUUUUUGAGAUUGGUUGGAUCAAUGUAUUACUUUCGUUGAUCUUGUUUGAUGUUUUUCUAGUUCAAAUUGAAGUGAAGGGUACUCUGGAUUUGCUUCAUUGGAUCGAAACAGAGGUUUAUCUGACUUGAUUCUUCCUUUAGGAACUGAAGUGAAGAAGAGAUGGAGAAUGUGUCCGAGUCUGAUGAUGUUAGAACCUCCAUUAUCCACCUCCCUGAUGAUUGCCUUUCCUUUAUCUUCCAACGGCUUGAUAAUCUCGAAGACCACGAUUCAUUCGGUUUGACUUGUCAUCGCUUUCUCAACAUCCAAAACAUAAACCGCCGCUCUCUCCAGUUCCAGUGCUCAUUAUCUCUUCUCAACUCUCCAACUCUCUCUCAGACAACUCUCGCUGUGAACUCAGAUCAUCUCCAUAGGCUUCUCACUCGGUUUCAGUGGCUGGAGCAUCUUUCCCUCUCUGGCUGCACGGUGCUGAACGAUUCGAGUCUAGCCUCUCUCAGGUAUCCUGGCGCGAAACUGCAUAGUCUCCACUUAGAUUGUUGCUAUGGGGUUUCUGAUGAUGGGAUCUCCACAGUCGCUAGCUUUUGUCCUAAUCUGAGAGUGGUUAGUCUCUACCGUUGCGGUAUCAGUGACAUUGGGUUAGAAACACUAGCCAGGGCUGCUUCCUUGGCUUUAAGAUGCGUGAAUCUCUCGUAUUGUCCUCUUGUGUCUGACUUUGGAGUUAAAGCAUUGACGCAAGCGUGCGUCCAGCUCGAGUCGGUGAAGAUCUCAAACUGCAAGAGCAUAACCGGUGUUGGCUUUAUUAACUCUUCUCCAACUUUAGGCUAUGUGGAUGCCGAGUCUUGUCAGCUUGAGCCGAAAGGUGUAGCGGGGAUCAUCAGCGGCGGUGGGGUUGAGUUUCUAAACAUCUCAGGUCCAGUUUCCUACAUCGGGAAAGACGGUUUGGUUCCCAUUGGGUCUGGCGUUGCGUCGAAACUUAGAGUCUUGAACAUAAGGAUGUGCAGAACGGUUGGUGAUGAGUCCAUAAAAGCUAUAGCGAAAGGUUGUCCGUUGCUGCAAGAGUGGAACUUGGCUUUGUGUCAUGAAGUCAGGGUUGAGGGGUGGGAAGCUGUGGGGAAGUGGUGUUGUAGCUUGAAGAGACUCCAUGUGAACCGUUGUAGGAACUUGUGUGAUCAAGGGCUGCUUGGGAUCAGAAGAGGGUGCAAGAAUCUCCGGAUACUGCAUAUGAACGGGAAUGCGAGGCUGACGACUACAGCGAUUGAGAUGUUUAAGUUGCACAGAGGAGAUGUUACGCUCAGGAGUGAAGAAGUUAUGGUUAUAGGACCAGAUUGGGGACUGUAUACACGAGGAUGAAGCAUCAGUUUAGACCAAUGUGUUCUAGAAUAGGCUUCAAUGUUGUAAUAAAGAAUAAUAUUAUUAUGAAUACCACCAGAUAUGUCUUUAUACAACUUCACUUUCCAUUUUAUUGAGUUUUGACAUCUA